AUGUCGUGGCGCAUUCAGAACUUGCCCGAUUCCCAGACGAAUCCCUCGGGCGCGGCGCCAGGAGGAGGAGAGCGAGACCGAGGCGGCAAGAAGUCAAAGUCAAAGUCCACGUCGGACGGGCGGGGCGCGAUCAAGAGGCUCAUCAAGGAGCUCGACGUGUGGCGGUCGGAGAAGAAGGAGGAGAGGGGUAUCGAGAGGUUGGGGCCCGUCGACGACGACGAUCUGUUGACGUGGGAGGCUGUUGUUAACGGGCGCGGGAUUGGGAACGGGUAUGAUGAGGGCCGCUGGCUCCUACACAUCCAGAUCCCGACAGACUACCCCAUCCGCCCACCGACGAUACGCUUCGCGACGCCCGUGGUGCACGCCAACAUUGCGCUGCAGACGGGCGAGAUCUGCCUCGACCUGCUCAAGGACGCCUGGACGCCGGCCUACAGUAUCCUCGAGAGCGUGCGCGCCGUGCGCACGUUGCUGGCGUACCCGGAGACGGACUCGCCGCUCAACGUCGACGUCGCGGCGCUGCUGCGCGGCGGGGACGUAAUGGGCACACGCGCGCUCGUCGAGUUUUGGUGCCGCGAUGACGAGGGGCGGUAUGAGGGGCUUUAA